AUGGACAAGGCCGCCAAUCCGCAAGGUGUCAAACCAAAGUGAGUUAAAGACUGUAACAGGCAUUUGAUGCAAUUCAUAAUGCAUAAGAGAAUGAGUUCUGAGAGAGAGAGGCAGGCCAUUUGCAGAUUCUUUAAGUAACUGCGAAUUCUCCGCCCCAGAGAACGUCAGCCACAUCUGAUUGGUUAGAUCUGAUCGGUUACAGUGAACAGUUUAAAAACGAUCUGCAUAAUAGAAGCAAAAAGGCAAGUUCCAGAAAGUAGGGGACGCGAUCGCUGGAACGAGAGAUUUAUUAGCCUGACGUUUCGGGUCCUCCCUCGAGUCCAUCAUUCAUCAUCUGACUCUGUCUCUGAUAAUGGAUUCAAGUGAGAAUCCGAAGCGUCAGGCUAAUAGAGCUCUUGUUCCAGCGAUCAUGCCUCUUUCUUCGCAACGGCUUGAAUACUGCUCGCGACAGUCUUACGCACUUCGACCUGAUCCCGCUGAAGGCCGUCUUAUUUGUGCACACUGUUCCUCGUUCAAACCGAUUUUGACACAUAUGUAAUUCCUUCAAAAUCCAACAGUGGUCUAGGCUGAAAGUUGGCGGUCCUCCGUUAAUUAACUGCUCCAAAUGGCCUGAAAUCGUGUGCUCAAAUGUUAUGCGGAAUUAAGCGCGACCUGUGAUUGGCUCAUUGUGCUAUGACUAGGGUAUGUAGGGCGCAGGCUUCAAAUUGAGUUCGCAGUCGUAGGUAGUGAUGCUUGGCAACGGCAUGAGACGGCCAUUCCACUCAGUUUGUGAGUUCGGCAGAGAACCAGUCGUAUCCCUAUGCAGAAGUUCAACGUAAGUGUCAGCUGUAGUUCUGUCAUUUAUGCCCAUGUAAUUGGAUUUUGAGCGCAAUUAUUCGAUCAGUGUCUUAGUCACAUGCCAUGUUUUCCGACUUCAAGUGCACUGCCUACCUAUCAGCGACUUUUGACUAGGUGGUUGUGAUCUGGAGGCUACCUUACGAAAUCCUCAUAGUUAGCGGACCACGACUGAAGCACGCCGGCUUAAGUAGCCUAAAUGUUUUCAACUGUUACAACAGAAUGAACACAGAAGCAAGAGAUUGUUGCCUCUAACUAGGCGCAUGCAAAUCAUUAUUUUACUCUGCAUUAAAUAUUUCUGCUUUAUUAUGUUACUCUACUCCGACAUUAUUCACUUAUCAAUAUGUGUAUUAAACAACAAAUGAUCUUCAGAGAAGGAUAUCUGUGUCUGUUUUAAAUUAGGAUGAAAGCGUUGUGCAUCGCAAACGUAAAAGUUGAUACGACCUCCUAUGCUGAAGGUGGGGGGAGAUAGCAGAUCGGUGCGUUUUCAGUCGGUUGGGUUACUUUUUGUUGAUUUUGGGUGGGACCAGGGACCAGUGACUGUCUAAGUCGGCACGGGAAUUCCUACCACGCCAAUUGGCGUACCGGACCUCGAGAAAAUCUCCCAUUCAUUUUAUCUCAAUCACGAUUUUAACUCCGGUAUUAUCCCGGUCAAAUUCAUGGUUGUCCGGUAGUGCGCAAUAAAAGCCGAGGGAUAAGAGUCACCCUGACGGACAUCUAGAUGUAAUCGUUAAUGAGGGGAACCAAACCUCGGCUUGUAUGACCAAAAUAUAUGCAGAAACAGUCGGCUCAUGGAAUUCGAUUAAAUACGUUCGUCUGUUGCCCUUCGCGUCAGGGAGCCUUUAUUUACCCGCCCAAAUAACGACCAGUAAAUGGUCCCUAUCUGCUUUAGACUCGAAUGAAGGUAUCGUUAAUUAAAAAAAGUGCAGCAUGACUCGGAAGGGUUUCAAUUCAGUCGUAAGGUGUUCUAAAAUUAUGCAGAAAAAGAGUACUUAUGUGUAGUGAGACCUGGAUGUCACAAUGUAGAUUACCAGUUCAACGUCCGGUCAUUUUACAGAAUGCAAGCAGACAUGCAUAAAUUAGCGAAUACCGAUUCCCUGGCCUGCCACGGUAGAGAAGUUCCGAGCAGAUGUUUGAGGUCACAGGCCGGCAGCGACCUGUAAGGCCGAUCUCGGCCAAGAUGUGCUAGCGGAGAGGGUGACGACAUAAAGUACGGAGUUGAAUGACACAGAACUGUUUUGGAUCUGCUCCAUCCUGAUGCAGUCGAGCACAACCCUAACCACUUCCCGAGACCAGAAGCACAGUGCUGUGAUAAAAGAAAGUAGAAUAGGCUCAAAACAGGUCUGUAUCAAAAGAGAAGGAGGCGUUCACCGGGAGAGGUGUAUUGGAGGUCUGACGUUUUGAGUAGCUGUUUCUUCUACCCAUCUUCAGAGGCUUAGAAGUCAUGCACACAGCUUUCCUCAUAUGGCGCACUCUGAAGAUGGGUAGAAGAAACGACUACUAGAAACGCCUCAUUUUCUUUUGAUGUGCUACCUGGGAAUCAGAUUUUCAAUAAUAUUGAGGUUUGUAUCGAUCUGCCUACAUCUCCACCGGCAACCUUGUAGAGGCAGGUACGCUAGUAAGACGUUACCGAAGGUCUCCAUCGGGUCUGGUUGCGUCACUGCCCAUGGUAUUCUCUUAUCUAUUUUGGUUUUUGGUUUGAUACGAUUCAUCGCUUCCGCCUUGCUUAAACGGGUGGAUAUUAUUACGUAGCCGUACCUGCAGUAGGAAAGUCGCAGCCUAACCCCCAACCCCUGACCCUUAACCUUAACCCCUACCCCUAAUCCCUAAUCCCAUCCCCUAAUCUUAACAUUUAACCCCUUACCUCAACCCUAGCCCUAACCCCUAACACCAACCCCUUACAAGUACGGCUACGAAAUAGGAUCUUGCCGUUUAAACAUUCCCCGACUCGUGCAUUUUCACAAACAUGUCUUCCCAACAUCUCUUUCGCGAAGCAGCUCAGACUAUAGUACUGCUCUUGCUUAAGUCGCAAUUUUUACCUAACUUGUGCAUCAGAACUAACCUAUAUUUAAUUGACUACUCGAUUAUGAGAUCUCGGUGACCUUGGCGGGAUUCAAAGGUCCGCCAGAAGGAACAGGGCCUCAGUAAAACCAGCGCUCUAGCCACAUGAGCUAGGAGGGGCCUGAUUUUUUUUUUUACGUUGAGACUACGUUACCCGAUCAAAUAUAUGAUUGUGGAAGGGACAUACAUGUUCUCUUACUCCAGCCUGCCCAAACAAUCACAAAUUCAACUUGUCUGGUGACGUUCAAUCCAACGGUCCACGAAAAUCUGCUUUGACAGUCAGCCUACUGAAUUAAAAUUGAUGGAUUUAGUAGGCUGCUGUAAGUUAACCGGGGAACGUAGCAAAAAUGUUGAAAAAUCUAGGCUCGCGAUCGGAUUUCCGUGGCUAAGAUGGUUGGAUGCCUGACCGCGUGCACGCUGUGCCCUUUCUGUCGCGGCUCUGAUUUCAACUGAUGCCGCCUAGUUGUCACAAUUCGGUAGCCUGCUAAGUCUCUCAGAUAUAUUCCUAACUUGCAGCUUUUUUCCCACCUAACUCCAAAAGUGUUAUUUAAAACGUCCACAAUUUUCGUUCCGAAAUUGUUAUACAUGCAACAAUCGUAACUUCUCUUUUGAAAGUUCCUAAUAAUACGAGUACGACUCAACACCAGUAAGCUGUACUUGUCGAGCUUAAACUAUUGCCUUUACUUUCAGUUUUACGACGAGACAUGGUCCCGGACAGGCUGCCUCCGCAAAGGAAACCAUGCUUCAUUGGUGCCAACUAGUGACCAAGGGUUACGAGGUGUGUUCACUUGAGUGCAAUUUCAGCCAAUCAUAUCUAUCCUACCCAAGUCCGUAGUCACCGAGUAUCUUUGCUUAUCUCUCUUGUUUCCACGCUCGACCCUUCCGUUCUUUUCAGUUGUUUUCUUCCGCUCAAACGCUCAACAAUUUUCUUAUUGGGUCUGAAAUUGAAGAGUAGUAGUUAAUUGGCAGUAAAUGAAACGAACGCCCGAAAUCGGUCCCUUAUUUUGAGCUGCAGUAGCGGUUUUAGAAUCUUUCUGAAUUUGCUCAGACUGCCGUUAAACAACAGGGGUACAUUCAUGUGACCUGAGACUAAACCUCAACAGAUAAAUCAUUACGUUUACUGACGGAGAUAUCAAAGCACAUGAUCGUCACGAAUUACCGGGGGGACGCCAUCAUUUAUGCAGGCAGGUGAAUCGCCAUAUGACUUGAUGCGCUCUGGCACAACCAAAAAGUACGGUAUUUUGAAGUGAAGUUAAAAAACUAACCAAACAUCGUCAACAACGAUGUGGGGAUUCGACGUAGCCGGAAGUUAAUUUGUCUGAAGAUCAUAACUGCUGCUGCAAAAAAUCAACCCUGGAAUGCGUCGCUUUGGGUUUUUUUAUCGCGAAGACGUCACGGUUCGAUGCUGGUAUGCCCCCACAGAAGGCCACGUGGCAUUAAAGUGCGUCGGGGCUCGAUUCUGCGCGAAGUAGCUGCCUACACUCAGAGAGGCAACGGCAGCUUAAUUCUGCUUGUGGCUAUUUCUGCGGUUCCUUGCGAAAACCUCGUCGCCUCGGGUCAUACUGUCUCAGAACAGUCUGCCUCGGAAGUGAAUGGGAUAUCGCUACGACCUAUCCUCAGCGAGUGGCAGUUAGGCCCUACAAAUCCAUCCGCACAGAUUUUAACAUGAUUACCCUUUCUGCCUACGUUAAUCAGAUACACAAAUGACCCUCAUUUUAAUGACAAUUUCAUGUUUAGGCGUGAAUAAAUGUCGGAUGUACAGAAUUGAAAAACACUACUCUCAGUUGCCGUCGGAAACCCUGCAUUUGACAGAAGGCAACGUCGGUAAACUAAGUGUCCAGUCAAAACAUGAGGUGCCAAAGUAGAGUAUUGAGUUUUCAUAGUUGAGAAAUGCUACCCCCUCCCCAUCAAGGCUGAAGAGUUUUUUACGGAACCGUCUAGGUCAACAUGGAGGUCAACGCCACGCGAAUUGGAGAAAAAAGCCUCGAGAAAUUCUAUCGCUCGUUUUAUCUCGGCCAUCGUGACGUUCAUAAUCGAUGGUCGCACUGGAGUUCGUGCGCAAAGACGAGGGGUCAGGGGUCACGCAGACGGACAACCUGUUCUGAUCGUUAGUAUUAGUGGCCAGAACUCGGCCCGUAAGACUAACAUAUACGAAGAAACCAUUAUUACAUGCGACGUGAUAAGGUACGGUCUUUUAGGCGGUGUGUUAUUACCGAAAAAGACAAGAGAGAUUGGAAUGACCAUUUCUGGCUUAUUAGCCGUGGUCAGCCAGUCAUACCCAACACCGAAGUUUAGAACACCCGAGGCUCGAACUCGAGACCUGUUAGUUAGAAGUCCGCGCCUCUAACCACUGGGCCACGAGCCCAUUGCCAUGUCGGUUAAGAUCGGGAAUAUACAAUGCGCCGCUGUGCGGCUGUUGGUUGGGCUCGAGAGAGAGCCCGUAAGGCACAACUGAACGAGUGAGUUCCGUAAGAAUGAUCGAUGAACGCCCCCUACCAUUGUACGCUCUUUUGUUUUUCUUUGCCUUUCGGAGCUUUUACUUGAGAUAGUACUGCGCGCAGUAAGAAAUGACCUUGUGGCCAAGGCGAAUAUCAAAAAGAAAGAAACUAGGGUUCAUGCGUUGAUUGCUUUGCUCUAACCGAUAUCCGAUCAGUUUUGUGAAGAUCUGACUCAGGCGUCAGACAACCGCAAGGACCGAUAUCCGGUAGGGGAAUAGUACCGUGGAAAUUUGCCCGAAAAAUCUGGAGUAACGGCUCAGCAGUUAAAUUGUUUGGUAUCCUCAUCGGUCACAAGCCAGCAUCCUCAGAAAGCAAUAACGACAAUAACAAGGCGGACUGGUUUGGCCCUAGUAGUUCUCAUAUUUCAAACUAGACCUUCGGGGUUCCUAAAUGUAGUCAUGCUUUCGGAAAUACAGAUGCUCUUAAACUUUAACAGCACAUUGUACGCAGAAAGUAUUAUAGCAUAUCUUCAUAUGCCAUGGUUGCGAUUUCUAACAGUUCAUUUAUUGCACGUCUGCAGGGCGUUGAUAUCAAGAAUUUUGGCAGUAGCUGGGCCGACGGCCUGGCCUUCUGCGCACUCAUACAUCACUUCUACCCAGACGCCUUCGAUUUCAAAACUCUGGAUCCCAAGAACCGAAAGGAGAACUUUAUUCUUGCAUUUGAGACCGCCGAGUACGUUGCUACACCAUAAUCUGUUGUUCAGAUUUUACAGACAGGCUGGAGAGUUGGUUGAGCAGUACUAGGAUGAGCGGUGGAUGUUUUUGAGGAAGCUGGGGUGAUCCACCGAUAUGGCCGCUGAAAACCACAAACUUCAAAUUCGGAAUCUAGGCAGAGUAGAUGUCAGCUUAGCAGAGUUACCCUGUCUAAGCUUGGCUUAGGGCCCUGACUCCUUAGGCUUAAUACAUGCACAGUGAUUGACCGAUCUCAUGAAAUGUUGGCCGAAAUUCUGAAAUGUGUUUCCGAUUAGGAUAAAUCACUUAGGUGGGGUUGUAAAAUCACUUAGCAUGCGACAUAUUCCUAUAAUAUUUCGGACUUGCCAGGACGUCGGCUUUCGAGUGCACUUCUUUUCAAACUUCUGUAGAAAACACACUCAGUAAAAAAUGACUACUCAAGUAGCAUACAUAUUUUGCAUUGAUUUUCGAUGGCAUUAUAUAUGUAAACAUAUUUUAUAAAAAAACAUGCCCAAAAUGAACUUUGUUCUACGCAUUCGGUAGAGAAUGACGUUGUAUUUGCAUUUUAUACCCGAAGAAAGGUAUAUUUAGGUUUUAAAAAGGUUUCUAAUUAUGGGACUUUUAAGAGCCUGUGAUGUCCAUUCAUGUAGUAUCGUACCUGUCCGUUUACCAAUCCUCCCCGUGAAAUAUGCAACAUAGUCUGCAUCUAUUGCAAAAGUUUAUGAACUCCAUGUGGUAUCUUCUUAAAGGCAUAGAAAAUUGUGUGAUUUUCCUUACACGUAAAGCAUGCACCUCGUAGACGGAAACCGCUUAACGCUAAUACAGCGGUGAUCAGGCUCAAAAUUAUUCGGGAAUUUGGAAACUUUUUCAAAACCAGAAUAUACUCUUUCUCUGGACAUAACGUGUGAAGACAAUGCGAUAUUUUACCAAACAAGUAAAAGAAAGCGUAUUUUAUGCAUGUUUUCUAUGAAGUAUGUUUAAAUUUAUAAGACCAUCGAAAAUCAGUGCGAAAAUGCAUGCUACUUAAGUAGUCACUUUUUCACUGAGUAUGUUUUCUACAGAAGGUUGAAAAGAAGUGCACUCAAAAGCCGACAUCCUGACAAGCCUGAAAUAUUAUGGGAAGAUGCCGCAAGCUAAGUAAUAUUACAUCCCCACCUAAGUAAUUGAUCCUAAUCGAAAACGCAUUUCGGAAUUUCGGCCAACAUUUCAUGAGAUCGGUCACUCACUGGAUGUUAAACUGAUACAAGCAAGGACUAAGUAUAUGCUCGUGGUAGGAAAAGGCUAGCUGCUAAUUAACAAAUUCACCAGCGUUUUAACCCUUUUGCUUAAGUGGGAGCCCUAUGCACAUCAUCCAACAGUAUGUCGAGUAUUUUUUUACUACUUGACUGCCCUCCGCGCCCAGCCUUUUUUUAAAAAAGGUAAACUCUCCUCUAACUAAAGAAUUACGUGCGUGCAGAACAAUAAACCAAUGCAGAAACUUCAACAGCAUCGACUCCUCCUGGGUGGUACAGGUCAGCGUAUGUCAUACUGCAGAUGAAGGGCCAACCAAAAACUCUACUGAACAAUGCCUACUUUAAAAAAUAUUGCAGACAGUUCUUCGUAGUUUUUCCUUAUCCCACAUAUAUAGUUAACCCUUACCAGAUACAGUUAGUAUUCUAUAUGCGUAAAGAUUCGAGGUCCAGACAUUGUAUCGCGUUCAUCAUCUCCCGAAGAAGACGAAGAAGAAGAAGAAGAGAGGGCGAAUUCAUGGACCAUAUUGUAUUCGAACGGACGUUUCGGAAACUUCCUCGUUUCCAUCAUCAGAGUAGCGUAAUUGUUGCACUUGCGGGUCUUGAAUUAUUCAGUCUUGCCGCUUGUUUCGUAUUAUAGCCGUGCUGGACGCACAAACUUUGACCUGCCUGUUUGCCGCUGACUGGCUUAGACCUCCCCGGAGCUGACCGCUGAUAGGCCUGCGUGACCUUUGUUCCCUUUGGGGUCGGCUUAGUUGUGGUCAAAUCAACGUGCCGCUUGGGCCCUUCCACGUCAGCCGGUGGACUGAUCGGUCGUUGCUGUUCAGGUGAGCAGCAUUCAGCUUCGCGGGCGCAUCGGUGAGACAGUGUUCGGCUUUGGUCACAUGACCUCUGGCCCCCAAUUCCGCUCUUUUCCCUGAGCGCUGACUCUCGGUCCCGCGUGCUUGCUUGCCUUACUGGUCCUGUCCGGACUGAUCCGAGCCUUGUACGCAGUGCUUGGUAGGCGGGAUGUAGAUCUAUAGCUCGGUUGAUUGUACCAGUCGAGGAUGAGUUAGUAUUCUUCAUCCAGCGGGUCAAUGUUGAUCACCAGAUGGACAGUGCGUGAGUCUGAACCCGUUUGCACGUCGUCACAUACUGACAGUUCGAGCGUCUAUGCUCCAUAGGUGGAUGGGCAUAGAGACAGCAGCUUGCGCGCGGAUGAGUUUAUAAUGACAGUGGACUUGCACCGCAUUCACCUUCACUCACCGAGUCAAGAAUACCAGAGGCGGGAAAUGGCACAGGUGGCUGCCACAGCCUGAACGCACGCAUAGGCGUGCCGACACAUCCUCUGAUCCGCGCGCAAACGACCAGGAGCGCCUUAAAGGCCACAAUAAGAAGGAGCCAUUGCAACAUGACUUCCCGUUUUAAGGAAAAGGCCGGGUUAUCUCGUCAGUUAGCAGUUAUCUGAGCCACGGUUUUCAACGCACUGCACUACAUUCAUGUGCGUCAGGGUAUUUCUAGCGAUGAAUAUGCACUGAGGGAGUCAAUCCAACUCUCUCCUCCUUCCCCCAGACAUUAGUUCGCUGUUAGAGCCUGUCAGCCAGGUGAAGAGGGGAUUUGACGAAGUGUUUGGUAGGGUUAGGGAAUCCGACUUCACGUGCCACACACACGCCAUCCGAUCCCACAUAACACACCAGGCUUGUGCACAGAGGCUGGGCUGUUCGGGUCUCACAUUCGCGAGAGUGCCCUAGAGGCAGCAUCAAGUGGCAGACUGACUUUCAGUCCACCAGUCGGCCACUGAACACAGUCAUAUGCAGGGCUGAAUGGGAGGGCAGAGUCGAAUCGUUGGUUGGUAACCCUCCAAGCCACAUCUUUCAGCGCAUCAUGACAGACUCAAGCGCGUUGGACUGUUUGUGGUGAGGAAAAUGUGCUGCGGGUCCACCUCACUCCUUCUCUCUUCCCCGUACACCAGUCCAUUGUCUGAACCACUCAACCAACUAGAGCGACGGGAGCUUCGCUCUAAGCAUGAUCCUGCUCUCCGUCGCCUGAGCGACAUGUCGACUCUCCGGCAGAAGAAAAGAGCAUUUUAGUUCAGUCAAAUAUUUGCGAAUCUGGCGCAUUGUCAUCAAACAAGGUUACAUGACUUGGCCUUCACUUACUGCUCAUGUCAGACUGUGAGAACGUUCACCUAGAGUUAGACCCACGCAUCCUAUGAAAAUGUAUGUAGGGUUGUCGUAGCCUGCAUCAUCACGUCGCACUCUAUGUGUUGAACAGAUAUAUAUAUAUAUGAUGGAGCCGACAAAUACAAGGGAGACCGGAAUGGCCAUUUCUGGCUUAUUAGCCGUCAUCAGCCAGUCAUACCCAACCCCAAGUGUGGAUCACUUGAGAUUCGAACCCGGGAUCUUUGGUCAUGGAGUUUGACGCUCUACCAUUGAGCCAUCUCAUCUAUGUCUACUACUAGUCGCUGUGCGACUGCCUGCGAGGGUUCUAGUAUGAGCCCCAAGGCACAACGGAACGAGCAUGUUCCGUAACCUGAUCGGCGAGCGCCCACUGUCAUAAUAUAUAUAUAUAUAUAUAUAGACACUGUUAUUUCUGACAAAGACAAGGGAGACUGGAAUAAGAAUUUCUGGCUUCUAGUUAUCUUCAGCCAGUCAUACCCAACCCCGAAGUGUGAAACACUCGAAGCUGGAACUAGCGACUUGUUAUUUAGAAGUCCACGCCUCUAACAUACUGCUUAUAUCAUGCGCCGCAGUGCGGCUGCUGGUUGGGUUCGAGAGAGAACCCGUAAGGCACGACGGAACGAGUGAGUUCUGUAAGAACGAUCGGUGAGCGCCACCUACCAUCAUGUAUAUCAGAAUCUACAUGCGGACACUGCUUAUUCAUAAGAAUGUCGCGCAACGUACACAUAAGCUACGCUGUAAAAGCUAUAGCAGUGCCCCUUACCUGGGUCCUCAUUCCACUCAGAUUCGAGCACUCUGAAUGACUUCAGUGAGGAAGCAAGUUAGAGGCGAAUGGCAAAAAUUAUGCCCGGAAUAUUAGAGAAAUGAGGUUUUUAUCAGCUCUUCUCCCUCUGACCGACGAUGAAUCACCCGAUAGACUUACCCCCAGGAAGUCUGAAAAUAGGGUCGGCUUCUUGGGCGUUGCCCCACUUGGGUCACAGUUCAAAGGAAGUCGGUUGCGGGAGAAUGAAUAUCAUUUUUGACAGGAAAGUAAGCCUACAGUGGAAGCUUUCUGACGCCUCCGGAAGAGCGCCCAGAUUGCAAAAGCUGAUAAAAUAAAGGGUGUGGUGAGAGUCAUGAGAAGCAGACGUUAACAACGACCAGUUAACAAUGCAUUGCAGGAAGUGCAGUCAGCCGUAAGGUUCUCAAUUCAAAAAGCAUUGUUUACUCAUUUUUUUUCUAUUGGUACUACAUGAACCACGAACGUCAGGUAUCUAUCUCGUCAUUUGAAACCCGAGUUCUCGCAGAGUUAAUAAAAAAGCUUGCUUAUGAGUUCUUAGUGUGUAGGAAUGUCACAAUAUUGUCGAGGCGUCCAUUAGGGCAAAGCUAAUAUAAGAUCACUUUCAUUAAUGAACAUAUUGAAGCCCUUUAAAAGGUCUGUCUGACACAACCCUUCUGAAGGGGGGAACUAAGGACUUACUGGAAAAGCCCAACUAAAUACCAGCAAAUGCCUCAGCACUCCUACAGUAUAUGUGCUAACUCGUGAAAUUUUAACCGAAAUUCUGGAAUACGCUUUUGACUUGAAAAGGUUACUAAAGUAGGGUUAUAAUAUAAAUCACCGGGCAGCCUAAUUCAAUAACAAUUCAGUUACAUCGGGAUGCCGGCUUUUAAACGAACUUCCUUCCGACACCCGCAAAAAACCCCCCUGUCAAGUUGCUUACUCAACUAGCAUGAAUUUUCCUUAUUGAUUUUGGAUGUCCUUAUAAAUUUAAAUAAAUUUUAUCGAAGACAGGAUAAAAACAUAUAUUCUUUCACUGAUUUGCUGGAAAAUUAAGUUUUCUUUGAGGAAAUGGUAUAAUUUGCUUCCAAAAAACGCUUUCAAUUUCCGAGUAACUUAGAACCCUGACUGCCUUUACACGUGCAUUCAGGGUUGCCAAACCACAAGUUUUAUAAUUUCCGUGUACGGAAUACCUCAUGUUUCUCUACGGUGUUGGUAGGAGACGUUAUGAGGUUCAUUGAAUUUGGCAGUAGAUGUGAGCUAUAUUGCAAACUAAACAAGCAACAUUAAUAGAUGCGGAGACACGAGGUUUUUAUGAACGGGCAUUGCGCGGUCUUAAAUGUCCCAUAAUUAUAAACUUUUUUAAAACCGAUUUAGACCCUUCCUUCGAGUAUAAAAUUUCAAGAAGACGUAAUUUUCCACCAAGUGAGUAAAGGAAUGAAUAUUUUUACGCCUGUUUUCUAUGGAUUAUAUUUUAAUUUAUAAGGGCAUCCAAAUCACUGAGAAAAAUGCUUGCUACUUAAGUAGUAAUUUGUUUGCAAAGUAUAGGUUUUACAGGUGACCGGAAAGAAGUUCGUUCGAAAGUCCUCAUCCUGAAGUGAGAUAUUACGAGAUUAUGUUGCACGAUGGUUGAUAUUAAAACCCUACCAAAGUAAACUUUUCAAGUCGAAAACGCAUUCCAGAAUUUAGGUUAACAUGGUCCUCAGCAAACCCAGGAAUUAAAAUCAGUUUCUCAAAUGAUCAUUGACUUCAUCUCAGCUGUACUUUCACUAGCCCAGAGGGUACGGCCGUUUUGACGAUUUUGUUUUGUACUACCCGUGAGUACUGUGCGUUGACGAGUUUCCCCUUCUUGUUAACCCCCCCCCCCCGCCUGACAAUCAGGAAACUCGGCAACGUGUCUCCCCUGCUGGAUGUGGAGGACCUGAUGCGAAUGAAGGUACCAGACUGGAAGUGCAUUUUCACCCAAGUCCAACUCUACUACCGGCGUUUCCAGCUUAAGGGCGGACAAGGAGCCCACAAGCCCCCCGUCAAUCUUCUCCCCCAACCCCACGCCGCACCGGCUCCAAGUCCAUCCUCCUAA